CUCACUUCCUGUUUAUGUGUCUUUGUAGCAAAGACGGUAUGGAAAUUCCAUUCCUCCAUUAUCUCUGUUGUAGCUAGCUACUGAAGUUUAGUUAGCUAGCUUUAAGCCAUAGAAAAGAUUUGGGCUAUGUUAUAUAAAUGGACAUAUGUUUUCUACUUUAUUAUGUAUGUAAACACAUAGGUCGACAAGACGGAYCCAUGAAGGACGGACAGCAUGGUUGUUCAGGAGAGGGGUUUAAAACCGUCACUGUUGAUUGGCCAGACAGCAACGGUACCACUGAAGAACGUUAGCAAGUAAGUCAGCGAGCUAGCUAAGUGUGCUGAGACUUGCGUUACAUCGACGGACCCCAUCGCCUGUUCCAAUACGGUUCGUGACUGUACUGUAAAAACUUGCCAUAAACACAAGGACUGGGUCAGAUAUAAUGUUUCACCAACUUCCAUUGAGAGAUCCGGACCGAUUGAGACUAUGGCUAGUUGCCCUGAACAUUGACGCCAAUACUCUGACUGACGACCUCAGAAAGUUACUAGUAUGCUCAGAAUUUUUUUCCAGGGGACUAUGAGAGAAUGGAACUGUCAAGCAGUAAGAUUAAAAGGUGAGUGAAGUGUCAGUGGUCCUGCCGCGUGGAUACAGAGAUGUAGACGACAGCUGUUCCCUGAGGAUGGAGGGGAACGGGUCUGUGAAGCAGGAGACUAGAAGUGUUGCCUCCUAUAGCGAGGUAGAGAAGAAGCUGUUGGCUGCCAUGGUGUUUGAGAAGGGGGAACUGGAGCUGACUGGCUCUCUGGUGACUGAGGUGACUGAGGAUCUACAGUACAGUGAUGCAGACACUGCACCCAACAGGGAGGAAAGGGCUCUGUACCUAGAGGAGGAGAAAGGAGAUGAGAGACAGGCAGAUGAAGGGACUGCCCAGCAGAGAGGAGCGGCAGGCUAAUGCUGAGUGGGAACCCUCAGUGGAGCCGGAGGUGACUUUAGGUUCUGCGAGCGAGAGAUCGAGCCAGCCAGCCAGCCGGCCUACACUCCACGCCGACACAAGAAGCUGUGUGUGUGAUGGCCAGCCUGAGGAGCCUGUUCCGCUGUUCUGUCUGUGGGAAGCACUGCGUGGAUGAAGCUGGCCUCAAGCAUCACCAGAGGCUUCACCGUCAAGAGCAUGUCUACUCCUGUAAGUUCUGCCUCAAGCACUUCAAGGCCAGGGAAGACAAGCGGACCCACGAGAAGGACGACCACAGGGUCAAAAAGUUGCACUAUAGGUGCUCCAAAUGCCCCUGCGGAUUUUACAACAUCUUGAAACGGAACCGCCAUCUCAGAGAGUAUGAGUCCAAGAGACAUUUGUAACACGUGCUACAAGGAAUUCCCCCAACUUAGCAAGCUUGAGAAGCACYAGCUGAGCCACWGUGACAACAAAUCUUUCAGGUGUCAGAUGUGCCAGCGUUCCUUUGCCCAGGCCAGCCAGCUGAAGUCUUACCUGCACGUCCACACUGGGGAGAAGCCCUUCAAAUGCCAGUGCUGCGUCAAGAGCUUUAACCACAACGUCAGCCUCAAGAACCUCGUCACACGCUAUCACCAAGGGGAGAGUGGGGAGGGAGUGGAGGUGGGAGAGCGGAGGAGCAGGCGACAGUGGAACUAUGACCCUGAGGAGGAGGAGGAGCGUCAGAAUGAGAGUGAUUCUGARUUUGACCUGGAGGAAGAGGAGAAGACAGGGAGUAAAGGGAAAGGUAGUGGAGGAGGGGGGCACUGGUAGAAGCCUCUAGGACCAUAACGUUUUGUCAUGGCCAUAAUGUUUUGGCUUUGAACAUUUCUUAGAACUCUUGAGGCUGUUGUGUUUUGMUUUAAAAAUAUAUAUUGUUAAAGAAAAUGUGUUUCACUGUUCUACAUCAUCAAAUGUCCAGGAAAAAUCUGAUGGGUUUGUGAAGGGAAUAUGUUACAAAGAAUUUCCUCCCCACAGAUGUUAUUGGCUGAUAUAUUGCAUUUUGAGUUCUCCUGGCUGGACCGGCCCACUAGUUAAGAAGCACAGAGAUAAACUCAUCUUGGAUAUAACCAGCGAGGAAGCAAGAGGCUUGACUCCGCUCUAAAGUCUGUCCGUGCGAAAAUAGUGUUAACCCGUGGAAUUGGGGAUUUAAAAAAAAUCGAGGUCAAUGAGAGAAUGUCGAAUUUGGUCAACGGUUAAAUAAAGGUUACAUAAAAAUAAAUAAAAAAACAUAAAAUUAAAUUUCUAAUUUGCUACAAUGUUUAAUUUGAUCGAAUUGAAGUUUCAUCAUGUUUAUGUCGAUACGAAUUUACUGAUAAGUGGCAUUUCGGAAACUUGGAGAAAAACUAUUUUAUAAUGGAGUCGUGCUUGUUGUUCUCACACAUAUCUGCCCUCUCAUUGGCUAGAGUAUUUAUUUAGUCAUUUAUUUUACCCCCAGUCCAGUUGAGGGCGACACUUCACCUUUUGAGUGUAGUUCGCCAUAAAACCCAAAGAAGAAUACCUAGCUCUUGCUCUGUGCCUCUUCCCGCACAGUAGGUGGCGGCAUGCACUUAAACGAUUGUUUGCGGACCGCCUUGACAUAGAAGACUCAGCUGACAGCGAGAAAGGGAUAAAUAUCUUUAUAAAUAUCUUUGAAUGAGUCUUUUAACUAUCCCUAUAUUUAGACGUCUGUCAACAUGGCUUACUCCCAGAAGCAUCCGUUAAUUUUAUACCUCAGUAAUCUUGCACCACCAGAGGCCGCUUUAAAACGUAAAAUUAUUCGAUCAGCAGCCAAGAAGCGGAACGACAAAUCCCGUGGACAGACCCGAGUAAAUGUAAGUGUUUCGUUUUUACAAUGGCGCGUAAAAUUCUCUCUCCCCUCCUUCGCGUGAACGCGCACACACAUCUUCAUUGCUGCGACUUGCUAGUUGAGAUUUC